CGCGUGUCUGGUGCUGCCCCCUGUCGACUUCAGCCCGAAGAGUAGAGUGUGUGUGAGGAAGGACGACGCAGCUGCCAUAUUGUGUUGUGGGUCUCCCUGUGAUAAAACUUACACAAAAUGGGCCGGAAAAAGAAGAAGCAGACUAAGCCGUGGUGUUGGUAUUGCAACCGUGAAUUUGAUGAUGAAAAGAUCUUAAUACAGCACCAGAAGGCAAAGCACUUCAAGUGCCAUAUAUGUCAUAAGAAGCUAUACACUGGUCCAGGCUUAUCCAUCCACUGCAUGCAGGUGCACAAGGAAACCAUAGACAAGGUACCCAAUGCUCUGCCCAACCGAAACAAUAUUGAAAUAGAAAUCUAUGGCAUGGAGGGCAUCCCUGAGGAGGACCUCAAGGAGCAUGAGAGGCAGCGUGCUGGUCGGAUGGGCAACAGUAGCCGGCGACAAGAAGAGGAAGAUGAUGAAGAUUCCCAGUCCAGCUUGCCAGGCCAGUCCAAUCCACCCCCUCCAGCAGUGCCUUCCCAAGGGCCCCCAGGACCCAUGGGACCAAUGAUGGGACCUAAUGGUCCCAUGAUGCCAAUGAUGGGUCCAAUGGGACCUAUGGGUCACAUGCCCCCAUACAUGGGUGGACAUGGCAUGAUGGCAGGCCCUAUGGGUCAUUUGGGUCCCAUGCCUCCUCCAGGAGCUCCCCCAGGAACCACACCCCCUAGCACCUCCCAGCCCCCCAACAAACCACUCUUCCCCUCAGCAGUCCAGCAGCAAACAACGGCUGGCAAUAGUCAAAUUGGUCCUGUCAAGCCAGCAUUUCCUGCAUAUAGUCAAGCCAAUGGCCAGUCCACCCCCAGCACUCAGGCCUCCAGCACUCCAAGUGGACUACCUGACAAAGGAGAGGCCAAGAAGCCAGCUCUCAUUACCACAGUGUCGGCAAAUUCCCGUAUCAUACAUCCAGAAGAGGAUAUCUCUUUGGAAGAGAAGCGGGCAGGUAUGCCUCGAUACCAGCAGGCACCCCGAGCCUCCCCACUAAGGGCUCGGGCACCUGCUCCUGCUCCCCCCCCCCAGCGCGUGGAGUCUCCACCCGUGAGUACUGCACCUUCACGCCUCUCUCAACUUGUGCCUGCCUGCCUGGACCAUUUCUACCCACCGGCGAUGUGUUUAGACACACAGGAGGAGCGUCGCAUGAAGAUGGCCCGCUACAGUCAGGCAAGUGCCACUGCAGCAGCGAUGGCCAUGGGUGGUGUGCUUACCCACCCAGCAGGAGUGAGGCCCACCCACCCAGGGGUGGUGGUUGAGGCUCCCCCCAUGGUGUCCACCAUAGUGCCAACCAUGGUGACCACUAUGUCAUCUGGUAUGGUACCCACAGGACAUAUGGCUAUACCUGUGUCGAUGCCUGCAAUCAUGAGGCCAAAUAUGCAACCUAUAAUGACGACUCAACCAAUGUUGUCAGCUGCUGUGCCUGCGGUGUCUGCCAUGCCUGGAGCCAUGCCCCCCCUCCCCAUUGGAGGUAUGAGACCACCCAUAGGUCUGCCCCAAGCAUUGCCCGGCCAUGGACAGAUGGCUCCUGGAAUUGCUGCCCCACCGAUGAUGGGUGCCCCCAUGAUGGGUGGACACAUGAUUCCUCGCUUCAGGUGACCACCUGGUCCUGGUAUGUAGCCAGCAGGUAGGAGCUACAGGAUGGGCAGCAGCAGCAGCAGCAGCAGCAGCAGCAGCAGCAGCAGGCCGAUGCUGGUGAGGCAACACACGCAUGCCCUCGUCAUGACUGAUAGCCUCCUCACCGACCCUCCCUCGCUCGCUCGCUAAGCACACUAGCGCAGUCAGUCACUAAGUUGGCCUGUGUGGCAAACCAACACACACCUGGGACAACCAAGAUAAGUCUGCUGUCCUCAUACAUUGCAUUAGGCAAGAACCCUCAAACACCACUCAGGCUCAGCAAACAAAUGUCCACUUUUAGGAAAAAGAUGAAAUAGGAAGAUUAGUUGCAUCCACCUUGUAGGUCUGUAUAUGCUAUGAGUGAUUGUCUUUGUGUGGAUUUUUAAUUUGACUUGCAGUAAUAAUAUAAAGUUAUCAUUGGUCCCUAACACUUGUUGGUUUCCCAUCACAGUUGGGUUAGUCCUGUGUGGACGAGCUAACACUGCAUCAUUCUGCAGCAAGCAUCUUUUAUCAUCUGUUAUUGACUUCUUUGUCUCCCAUCAUUGCUCUUUAUCAGUGUUGAAAUGUUUAUCCACAAGAUUGUCGUUUGUGUGCCGCCCACGUGGAACGUGUUUGAGCAAGUGGUGCCUGUAUAGUUGCUCCUGUAUACGUGCUUUUUGGGACCUACACUUGACUGUAUGUAUUUAUGCCCUGAUCCAGCUCAAGUGUGCAGGAACAUUUUCUCCCAGGUGCCACAUCUGUGUUUCCUAAUUUAUAUAAUUUGCUUUAAAUAGAUCAUUUUUAUUCAAAUUGUUGGGAACUUAACAUGGGGAUUGAUUCCUGUGUGGAUGUGGCUUGGAGAGUAGAAUUCUGGUGCUUACUUGGGCCCGGAUGGAGGUGUGAACUCGACUGUUCUCUUGAGCGUGGGGAGCACUUGUAUUAUAGUGUUUUUAGGUUCCAUCAUUCUUUUCAGUGACAAAUGUGUAUUUGUGAAAUUUCUCUUUAAGGUAAGAAACUGUUUAGUGAAUAAGGUAAGAAAGUGUUUAGUUUAGAUAUAAAGUAGUUCUUGACUGAAGCACUGUUGGAAUUUUUCGUACCAAUACAGAUGUUUACAGCAGGUUAGUCCAUUUACAUAAUUUUUGGCCAGUUGUACAAAUGACUUUGUAAAUUGUUGAAAGGGGGAUCCCAUUAGCACCCGUAAGUACACUUUUUGUAUUUAUUAUUGUCACAUUUCUGUCUGGAGGACUAGCAAAAUCCAGUUGCCAGCUUUGUUAAAUAAUUAUAUCACCUAUUUACUGUAUGUUGUGAAAUAAAUACAGAUUAAGUUGUCAGUCAUGUAUUAGUUUGUUUCAGGCUUUAUAUUUUGUUACAGUGCAUAUAAAAAUUUUUCUUGAGAGUAAUGGAUUUUUUGUAUUGUUAAAAAGGUGGAAGGAGUGGAUGAAACGAAGUCAGUGUGGAAAUUCGCAACAGGUGAGCCCAGAGGAGAGGACGCGAUGCUGGGAGAGAUGAGAGCAUUAACGUUGUUCCCCAAAUGUUGAGUAGUCAUGGUUGUACUGUUCAAGCUGUUUUAGUAGACCAGCUUCUUUCUCAGGAUGUCUUGUCCUAUUAUUAAUACACCUACCAGCCUCAUAUUACUGAAAAUUCUGUACAAAUUUGUUCAUCCUUCAAUCACAUUUACCUUGGCCACUCUUAACUAAGGUGUUCUGUGGGAGUGAAUGUAAAAUCUAAAAUCAUUGCUGUAGAAUUACUAUAAGUAUCAUCUCAGUGUGCAUGGAAUUGCUAAUUAUCAUAAUUAUCAGUAACUUGGGCAAUGAAUGCAAUUUUUAACUCUUAAUUGGGUACUUGCAUGUAAGGAAAGAAAAGAACAAGGAUUUGAUGAAUUGUGUAUCACUGGGAUUAAAAAAAUAAAUACAUGUUUUGACUGGCAACAGGGGCCAGACAGGGGGGUGGUGAGGCUAGCCAACCUACACUCCAAAUGGAUAGUUUAGCACUGGCAAUGUUUUACCUCAUUGAUGUAUUGAAUACAUUCAUGUCUAAAUCUUAAUGCACAAGGAUUAAUCUCCAAUCCUUAGUAACAAGGAUACAGUUUUGGUCAUGUAAUCUCAUUUCAUUUUAUUGAAUAGUUAAUAGUGUAAAGAUCUUAAAUCUAUACAGGGAAAUACAGGUUGAAUUUAUAAUCUUUCAAGUGUUGAGUGGUGGUAAAAAAAACUAUAGCAACUCAUAAAUGAAGCCACAGUUAAGAUUUCAUGUGGAAUCUUUAGUAACUGGAUAUAGACAUCUUUAAAAUUCAGUGAUUAUUCUGGAACAUUUAUGUGGUGGAAUAGUGUAAAAAAAAAUAAUAAUAAUUACUGAGUAAUGAACUCUCAGUUCUUUUUAUGCCUUUUUUCUUCUCAUUAUUAUUCCCAUUUGCUGAAAUAGAACUGUUUCUUGGAUUUUUUUAUUGCAUUGAAAAUAAAUCAACUAGUAGAGAUUUUAUAAAGUUUAGAAAUAGCAUGACUGGUUACACUGGACACUGGUUGUCAAGAUCAGUGUUUUGAAGAGAUCUGAAGAGGUUUGAGAAAAAUGGCAUUUCAUUAUUAUUUAAAAUGUGAAUAUGAUUUUCAUCCCACAGGGGAGAAUGCAAUUACAACAUCGGUCAUUGGUAUGCCUUCCCCAGUGGCAUGCAGUAAACAUUUCUAAUGAAGUGCAAGCAAGUAAAAAGAUAAAUACAAGUAGAUGCAGAAACCAUUUAAAAGAAUCUUGUACUUCUAAAAUUGUACUCCAUGUCAGUAUAUAUGUAGGAAACAAAGCCUAAAAUUGUACUCCAUAUCAGUAUAUAUGUAGGAAACAAAGCCCCAUAAGUAUGUUGGUUAGCUAUGCCAUGCCCCUGACAAACUAACCAGGCGAGACACUCCAAAGCACAUGCCAGCAGUCACAACAGUUUCAGUUUUCCCAGCUUGCAGCCUCUCUGGAGCCCUGUUAUGUUUCCGCAUGGCACUCCGCUCUUGAUUAGCUUGUUGGUGAUGGUGAAUCUGGGAAGUGAGGCCACAUUCUCAGUUUGGGGCCCAUGAGUAACUCUCAUCAACCACACUCACUAAUAGCUUGACUGAUAAUAGGUCCUUACUUUGAUGUUUGGGUGUGAAUGUAUAUAUGUAGGGUGUUGCUGGGCAUUGCUUUAGCAUAUUUUGUUGUAAAUUAUUUUAUUAAUGAGAAUGAUGUCAUUUAGGUUUAUAUUUGUCACAUUAAUUUUGACUGGAAUUUUCCUUGGACACUGAUUUUUCUGUAUAGAGAGUGGUGGCAAGCAGUAAUAUGGUGAGUGUGGUUUGGGUGAGAAUGACUCAGGUUGGCCAUGUUGCUCAGUAGCCCUAGUUGCUCCCAAAAUGAGCGUGUCAGUCUUCCAGCAGCCACCAGGUAGGCUGAAUUCACAGCACCAGGGGCUGUUGGGAGUCAGUCCCCCAACCGGAUGUGGUUUGGUGAUUCGUUCACAGCCUAUCACGGUGCUGUUGGACCUUCUAGUCCCCAGCCCCAUGCAGGGGGCUUGGUGAAUUCUCUCAUUACUACUACUCUGUGUCGUACUGUGUUAGGAAUCACUGCUGGCUUGGGUUGGCUCCAACUUAUACCAGCAUAAUGAUUGCAAAUGAGCUUAUGUUAAGCAGGAAAGUUGGGGACAGGAGGGCUGGAUGCUCCUCAGGCCAGACCCCUCGGCUGCUGUGUCGCCAGGACAACCACCUGUCCUUUUUGGAGCACUAAUGUGAUCACGCCAUCCAGAACUGUUUUCAGAAGGUACAUAUAGUAUAUAUUGUUUUAUCAUUUGUUAUGGUCAGGAAAUGACCAGCCUUUAAAAAUUUCUUCAUUUACUUUUGAAAAUUGGUUUGAGCAUGAGGCUCUGUGUUGCAAACCUUUUAGUCUUAAGUAGAGAAUGCAUUUUAUAAGUAGAUAUGUGUCAACACUACAAUGCUGAAGCUUCUGUGAGAUGGUAGGGGCUGUGAGCCAUCACAAAGUUUCAAAAUAACAAAACAAUACAAAAAAUAAAAGCAUCCCAGUCAAUA